CUGAAGUUAAUAAAGACAUAUCAGCAAGAGGAAUAGAUGGCAUCACCAGAAAAAGAAGACUCUGCCGGUGCAGAUCAGGCCUUGAUAUCACGUUCAAAGACAAACUGCUGCAGGGAGAUGUUAAUCUCUGUGGCUCUGGGCCAGGUGUUAUCCCUCCUUAUUUGUGGAAUUGGCUUGACUAGCAAAUACCUGUCAGAAGACUUCCAUGCCAACACGCCAGUCUUCCAGAGUUUCCUCAAUUACAUUCUUCUCUUCUUGGUCUACACCACCACACUGGCCGUCAGACAAGGAGAAGAAAACCUCCUGGCAAUCUUACGACGAAGGUGGUGGAAGUAUAUGAUUUUGGGACUCAUAGACCUGGAAGCAAAUUACCUGGUAGUCAAGGCUUACCAGUACACAACUCUGACCAGUAUCCAGCUCCUGGACUGUUUUGUGAUCCCAGUUGUGAUUCUGCUGUCCUGGUUCUUCCUGCUCAUCCGGUACAAGGCUGUGCAUUUCAUUGGCAUCGUUGUCUGCAUCCUGGGAAUGGGCUGCAUGGUGGGAGCAGAUGUGCUUGUGGGAAGGCAUCAGGGAGCAGGGGAAAAUAAGCUAGUAGGGGACCUUCUGGUCUUAGGAGGAGCCACACUGUAUGGCAUUUCUAACGUCUGGGAAGAGUACAUCAUCCGAACUCUGAGCCGAGUGGAAUUCCUGGGAAUGAUUGGUCUCUUCGGUGCAUUUUUCAGUGGAAUCCAAUUAGCCAUAAUGGAGCACAAGGAGCUGUUAAAGGUGCCCUGGGAUUGGCAAAUAGGACUGCUCUAUGUUGGCUUCAGCGCCUGCAUGUUUGGUCUCUACAGCUUUAUGCCAGUCGUCAUUAAGAAAACCAGUGCCACUUCCGUCAACCUCUCUCUGCUCACAGCGGAUUUGUACAGCCUGUUCUGCGGAUUGUUUCUCUUCCACUACAAGUUUUCAGGACUUUAUCUCCUGUCUUUCUUCACCAUCCUCAUUGGGCUGGUGCUCUACUCCUCCACCUCCACCUACAUAGCCCAGGACCCCCGAGUGUACAAGCAGUUCCGCAAUCCUUCAGGACCCGUCGUGGACUUAUCGACCACGGCUCAGGUGGAGCCCUCAGUCACCUACACCAGCCUGGGCCAGGAGACGGAAGAGGAGCCCCAUGUUCGCGUGGCCUAGGAUGAGGCCCGCCCUGCCCACUGAGGCCAGCUCAGUGGUGUGUCCACCCAUCAUCUCUGUAUUGUACAUAGAGAAAGGUAUUUACUGGGUGCAGUUUACACAGGUGGACUGCAAGGUAGCAAAUCCUCCAAAAGCUUGUAAAAGGAACAAGCUAAACAUCACUGGAGAUGCAGGCUCCAAUCUGCCUGACUCGGAAAGAUGCCUAGCUAGUGUGUGUCCUGAUCACAACCCCCCUGCAUUAAUUACUGUGAAAAUUUUUGAAUAAAAGGCAAGUAUUAUUGUUAUUAUUAUUUGUAUUAUUACUGUUACUGUUAUUACACCAACUUUCAGGAGGAUGUUUUGUACUCCUGAUGGGAACUAGUGCCAGACCCACAUGUAGUCAACAUAAACCCCACUUUUCUAUGGCAAGUCACUUUUUAAGAAUCAUACUUUAUUUUUUUGCACAGACUAUAUGAGUGAUGCAUGCCACAGGAGCUCCGCCCCUGAGAAGUUUCCUUGUCCUCGGGACCUGGUGGCUAAUGGUUUCCUCUGUUACCUGUUGGAUUGCCUGCUCAGUAAGGAUUUUGUGCAGUGACCCUUGUGGGGAGGGGCAACUGACCAUAUAAUUCUCUAUUCUAGGAAUAGAUAUAAAGCAAACAUUUUAGCCUUUUUAUAUUUCAAUCUCUGAUUACUCCAGGCCAUUGCCUUUCUGUUGUGCCAUGUGAUUCUGCUAAUCAAGUCCCUGUGGUAACAGGAUAAGGACUGUUCCAUUUCUGUGGCUUGUGGGAAACCCCAGAAAUAAUAUAAUUUGCAUUUAGGUCAAUAUAUAUUUUAAAAAUCUUUCUGCCUCUCCCUAUAUCCUCUCUUCAAAAACUAUUUUUAAUUUUCCUUUUUUUCCCUAAAUUUCCUUAGUGAUAAUAUGGAAAUUGAUCAAGGCAGGGGAAAAAGCCAUGGUCCUCUGCCCUCUUAAUUGUCUAACACUCUUUUUGAAAUACACAAGCAUGGAAAUUAUCGUUUUUUGUGGAGUAUCAUUGGUUGUGCCACCUCCUAGCAAAGUCCAGGUGCUGAUGUGGAGCAGUCUUUGAAAAUAUCUCAAUUGAUCUGGCCACUUUGUAGUGGUAAAGAUGUCACCAUUGGAAAAGUCUGGCAUUUUGGUCAUCUUUGGCAUCCAUUCAAAAUAGCAGAAUAUAUUGACACAACAUUCUCAUGGAUACAGAGAAUAUUACAGGAUCCUGAUAAGGCUUUGAGUGAUAUAUCACUAGUCUAAUCUAUUGCCCUUAGAAUAGCCCUUUUUUUCAAACACAGGAAAUUAAGAAACACCACAGACCUCUAUAAUUUAGAAUAGAUUCUAUGUGUAUGUGAACUCUUUAAGCUCAGCUGACUUCAAUAACAUUCAAAAAUAUCCUUGAUGGAGUUAUAGGGUUUGUAAAGGAAAAAUAAAUGUUUAUGACAUGUUGGGCAAUUCAAAUCAAUGUAGCUGAAGGAAGCAAGCAAAGCAAAACACCAGUGGGGUCUCUCGAAAGUAGAAGGACAGACUGCAGUGUAAUCAGGACCCCCAGAGGGCCUGAAGGAGGCCUAAAUCUGGCAGGCAAAACCUUCCCGUGCUGUCCCUCAGCAGCCAUGUGGCUUUUCUGCCUACCUUCCACACAGGGUGGGCAGCCCUGCCCUUGGAGAUGGGACAGAAAAAUUAUCUUCUCUGGUAUUCAGAUUUGGUGGUCAUCUCAGUUCAGCCCCCUUAGAAACGUGUCAUUUUCUGUGGGGGGAAAAAUAUAUCAAUGUUAAAGCUCUGUUAAAACAACUUUGCCAACAUCUGCUCUCUGCUACCUUUCAGACCAAUUAAAUACCUUUCUCUGAAUAUUUUGUCCAUUCAGAUCUGAAGACCUUUAAAGACUGUGGUUUUAUUUGUAUGUUUACAUUCCUUUGGUUUGCAUAAUUUGCUUGAUUUAUUGCAUUUUUAGUAUUUAUUUUAAGCCAAAUGUUUUCAUCUUUUUGAUUCGUUUUUAUGACACUAAUUUGUAGACAUUUAGUAAAGUCUUAUGAGAAGCAAGUGGAUGAAACUAUUUCCAAGUUCACUCAGUAGACUGGGAAUUUUGUAAAAAAUUUAGAUUUCCAAAAGGUUUGCAAUCAACGGAUGGCCAAAGGUUGCCAUCUGAAUUAUUUUAUAGGAUAUUUUAAUUGACUCCAUUGUAUGGAAACCAAGUGUGAAUGUUAAGAUGAUUUCACUGUAUACCCCUUACCAUUCAUUGUCCUUGUACUCAGACUUUCAUGUCACUGGGUGACCUCACUGUGUUGGUUUGUCUCCAUUUAGAAAGGUUGAUAAUACAUUGAAUUGUUCAAGAUCAAGAGUUCCAGACUGGUACUUCAGAAAAAAAAAAUAGCAAAGAACAAAUUCUUUUUCUGUGUAAAAACACUGAUCCUUUGGGAAUGGGGAGGGAAAUGGGAGUAGGACAACAUUAACUCUAGCUGUUUUAGUUUCCGAGAUUUCAUAACCUCCACUAGACACCAGCAAAGAUUUCAGCUUUUCAAUCCACCACCAAUCUCUCCUCAACAAACGAGCUUUUAGCAAUUUGUGCAGAAUUUGACUGGCUAAGAGCAAACCACAGUUCUCCUACCCCGCUAGAGAAGAGUGGUGGUUCUCACUUCCUCAAUGAAAACUUGCACUGGGGACACAGCUUCCCUCGGUCAGACCUUCCCACAGCUUCCAACUCUUAAAUACGCAACCAGGUAGACCAAGCAAUGGGAAAAUUUGCACCACUGUGUCCCAUGAAAAUGUUUCAAUGUUUAGUUUAGAUAUUGCUAACUUGUGCUAUUAACCUUUUGACAAGCGUGUACUAUUGUUUGUUUUGGGUUUGUUUUUGAUUUAUAACCAUUUAGUAGUCCCCAGCUAGCUACCAGUACAGCUUUUACCCCAUGGGUAGGAUUCUAUUGUUAAGCCACAUAACAAAGCACACUAACCCUGACACUGCAAAUGGAAAAUAUGAACCAAAAAAGAAAUUUACACUGAUAAGUUGAACAAACUGUCCAUUUUUGAUAUUUGCAUGCUUCCCUAUGGACUGGCUGUGGCAAUGUAAUGCCUGUAUAAUGUUUUCAAAUAAAAAUAAAUGCUUUAUGAAAGCACCGA